AUCGUGGGUUCUCAAUCUUGUAGUCUCUUACAAAUGUCGUCAGUAGGAACAUCAAAGGGGAUUCUUGAAAUCGCCAAAUUCGGUGUAUACGUCGCAGUUCCAAUCGUCCUAAUGUACACAUUCGCCAACAACAGCACCAACAUCAAGAAAUUCAUGGGUAAUCAUUCAUACGUUGUUUAUCCUAAAGAAGCUCCUCGUCCUCCUUCACCUGAAGAGCUACGAGAGAUGGCUAAAGAACUUGCUCGCAAAAAGAACAUCCCUUCAAAUUGAUUCUACUUGUAUUAAUAAAUUGUAAAAAAGGUA